UCUUUGUUUUUAAGCAAUUAUCUUUCUAUUAUGAUUUCGAUCAAAGCUUGCUAAUAAAAUUGAUUCGAAUCUACACAUGUGGCGGUUGAAAGAUGUCACUUGAUAAUAAACAAAUUUGUGAAAAUAACGGAAGAACUCAUAAGUUUGAUUCACGCUAAGCAUGUAUUUGUUUACACUCUGAAUUGAAAUUUUUUGAUUGAGAAUUGUUGGACUAGUGAAGACAGCAUCAGCACAUGAAAACUGUACAGUUAUGUAAAGCUAAACAAUGUCUCUUGACAACUAUGACGUCGCCGUAACGCCCCCUUUUUAAUUCACAUAGCUGAAAUCACAAGCGAAAAGCAGAAGAAAUAUCGAAAUCCAUGUCUUCCCCAUUCUGCUUUUUGAUUAUUCAUCCACUUGUUUUGUGAAGAAUACCUAUAAUAGGAAAUAUGCCUGCUGGGGUAAUUGAUGAUGGAGAGGGAUAUUCCUCUAUGAUGGGGUUGAUGUAUGUCUUCAAUUUGAUAGUAGGUACUGGUGCUCUUGCGAUGCCAGCUCCUAUAGCAGAAGCUGGUUGGCUCCUAAGUUUGAUCAUUUUAGUAAUUUUAGCAUUUAUGAGCUUUGUGACUGUUACUUUUGUUACGGAAUCCAUGGCAGCUGCAAAUGCUUUAGUUCACAGUCGCACAGUCCGUCAUUUGAAGAAGGUGAUGAAAACAGAUGAAGAAGUGAAUGAAGAUAAUAGCCAGCAGCUAGUAGAACAAUUUCUAACUGAUGAAGUAAUAUCUAAUUCUUUGGAAAAUGAAAAAGUACCUUUACUGCUGAGUAACUCUGUUGAUACCAUAUCUGAAACCUCAGCUGAAUAUUUUAACAUAACAGAAAGAAUAGAAAUGGGCAAGAUGGCUUUUUUAUUUUUUAAUAAAUAUGGUGUAAAUAUUUUUUACAUUUGCAUAGCUGUAUAUUUAUAUGGAGAUCUUGCUAUAUAUGCUGCUGCAGUUUCAAAAUCAAUUCGUGAUGUAUCCUGCACCUAUGUUCCUGAAGAUGCCAUCUGUAAUGCUACCUUAAAUGGUACUAUUGCAUGCUGGGAUUCCCUUUCUGUUACUCGAGGUCAAGCAUAUUUUAUAUUUCUGACUGCCUUUUUAGCUUGCUUAGGUCCAUUCACUUUUUUUAAUGUUCAAAAGACAAAACACUUGCAAAUUUUUACAACAAUCAUGAGAUGGUUAGCUUUUUCUACCAUGAUUAUUAUUGCUGCUACAGCUCUCAUUCAAGGAAAAGGAGAAGGUCAUCCAAGUGUUGCAAGCAUCAAAGGAGUUCCAAAUUUAUUUGGAGUGUGUGUAUAUUCCUUUAUGUGUCAUCAUUCUUUGCCAUCACUCAUAACUCCAAUCAAAAACAAAUCCCGUCUUCUGCGAUUAUUUAUUGCAGAUUAUUUAUUAAUUCUUUUCUUUUAUUCAUUGCUUUCGUUUACUGGUAUAUUUACUUUUAAGAAACUCCAAGAUAUGUAUACUCUGAACUUUGAGCCUCAGAACUGCAAUGACACUCAUGCAGGGGAGAGCAUUAUCCCGCAGAACUUUUCUUUCAUUCGUUACUUUCUAGCUCUCUUCCCUGUUUUCACACUUAGUACAAAUUUCCCUAUAAUAGCUAUUACGUUACGAAAUAAUUUGAAAUCUCUAUUUUUAAAAGACAACAAAAACUAUGGUAUAUUUGUUGACAAACUGUUGUUUCCAAUUUUAGCUGUGAUACCACCUGUGGUGAUUGCUUUCAUAACAGAAGAUUUAACAAUUUUAGUUGGCAUAACAGGAUCUUAUGCUGGUGCUGCCAUACAAUAUGUUGUUCCAGCAUUGUUAGUUUACUAUUCUAGGCGUGAUGUACUGUCCACUCUAGGUUUAGGUGUAAAAAAUAAACAUGCUUCACCGUUUAGACACACAGCGUGGAUUAUUUUUGUUUUAUUUUGGGCGCUUAUGUGCAUCGUUUUCGUCACAGUAAACCAUAUCAUCCAAGGAAAGUAAGACAAGUAUUUAUUUCCAACUGAUUUUUGUUAAUGCGGGUCAUCAAUUGAGACAUUGACACUGAAAAGAGUGUAAUUCAGAAAAUGGUUUCUUCUUAUUUUUUUCUUUCAAAUUGCAGAAGUAUUCUAGUCUUCAAAUUUAUGAAAAUUAUAUGCUAGUAGAAUUCAAACUUAUUAAAUGAAGUUCUGCCAGCAUAUAGUUUUCAUAAGUUUGAAGAAUGGAAUACAUCUGUGAUUUGGAAUAAUUAAGCAAGAAGAAACCAUUUUUUGGCCUAACACCAGGGUUGGCAUGUUUCUGCUGAGGCGGUUAAAACCACUGGUAGAAACCGGUUAAAACCGGCAUGGCUGCUACAUUUGCUGCAGAAACUGGCAAAAACUCACAAAAUGGCAAAAGAAUUAUUGACACACAGUAGAGAAUGCAUGGAAAAAAAAUUGUUUACCAAAACACAAUCUAAUUACAAUAUUAUGACAAUUCAGAAUCAAAUGUUACACUCUUUAGACCCUGCAUUUGCCUCUUCAAAAAGGUGGUUUCAAAAAUCUAAACAGGUUUUCAAUUUAAUAUGCAGAAAUGAGAAAAUAUAGAAUAAUCUUGCAACAGAAAAGUUAGCAGGCACUGCGUCAAGGAACAAGCAAAGUUCAUGAAACUUUCUAUUGCAUUUUUUUUUUAAAACUGGUCUACCAUGCAGUAGCUGAGGUAGUGGUCAAAAUUUGACUUGGAAAAUAAAUUUCAAGAAAUUGGGCCACUUUGUUUUGCAAAGCUGUGAUAUUAGGUACAAAAUCAAGGUUAAUAUUGGCAAGUAAAAUUUUGGGACUUUCAUCUUGAAGCACAUGAUGAUUUCAAUCACAAGCAAUUUAGAUGAAGGAUAUAAGCGAGCAAAUUACAAACAAUAAUGCCGGUUAAUUUCUGUAGGUCACUCUCCUCUGUCCUGAACACCCAUAUGAUUUUUCGUACUUUAUUGGAUUAAUCCAAAUAUUACGAGCAUCUGCAAUUGAAAAGUUCCCUUUCUGAACUAAAUCAAGGGCGCUGGCAUAGAAUUUUAUUUUUUACAAGAAUGAAAUGAAGUUUCAAUGAACGCUAUCUACUGGAGUUGAGUGUUCAUCCAUGAGAGUUAGGGUUACAAUAAAAAAAUCAAAAUAUCAUCAAACAUACAGUUGGUUCAUUCAAAUGUAGAAGCAAUUUUCAGCCGUCAUACUUUGGCGGAAGAUUUUCUUGUCCAGCAUUUUCCAAAGUGUGUUCCGCGGAACCUUGGGUUAUGCCCAAGUAUAAGAAGGGUUCCGCUUCAAGUUAGCUAUUGUAUAAAUUUAUUUUCCACUCGUUUUAAGAAAAAUGAAAUAAUCAAGGAUCUAAAAUGUCGCUCCGUUUUUGAAGUAGUAAUCGUCACAGUGUUUUGCAUCGCCAUGUCAUAAUGAAGUAAAUACCAUGUGAUUUGAAGAAAAUUCUUAAUAAAGCUACAUAAAUAGUUUAAUUUGUCAAAUCUCGUUUUCUCCAAUCAAGACUAUUUAGCAAGAUUUAUGAAGACAUGAGUAGGCAGAAAAAUCACUACUUUUCCGUAUAAAAUAUGCUGUCUAUCCAUACAAAAGCUUUCCAGCCUAUGCAUACCUAAAAACAAAUUUAGUUCUUGGAUUAUGCUCCUGCUGUAUGUUGUACUCAACAUUCCGACAUAAAGAAAAAAUUCAUUGCUAUUAUAAAUUUUACAAUUAAUGUCAUUCUUUAUAUUUAUAUAAUUUGUUGCAGGGACAGUAAUAAAACUGUUGCAACGAUUAUUAUGUCUUCAUAAAUAGGGUCUUAUUUCAAAUUGAAGGUAGUAUUUUUUAUUUAUACUCCCUCAUAGUUUUUCAAAAUCUUUCGGUGUAUUGUUGAAUAGUAUGCUGCGGACACGGGCGAGCUCAGUAAAACACUGAGUUUGUAGCUUAAGAGUCACGGUUCGAUACUGACAACAGUCGAAGAUCCACCAUGAGCAAUAACUUGAAUAGUGCACUUUCCAUCAGUUGUGGUGGAAGUCUUCCAAAGUUCCAUCUCAAAUCAAUACCUUUGGCGAUAGUGGGCAGGUGUUACUUAGUACCUGAUCAGGCAUUGAAAAAAAGCUCUCUUUAGGACCCUUUAAAAAAUAGUAAAACUACCUCUGUGAUAGGAACAAAGGACCAGUGACAGAUUUAUUGGUUUGAGGGCCGAUAAGUGCAUAUUUGGGGCCCCUAUAUGUCGAUCACAGAACUGUACAAAAGAGUUACCAUAAGCAUUUUUGUAUACCCUUCAGGGUCCUUUGAACUUAACAGUUUAUGUCAGCCAGGUUGACGCAAUUUGCUCUCUUGAGGAAUUUCAAAUGUAUGUGUCAUCGCAACCAUUUUGGAUUGCUUAGGUGCCUCAGCACAGUUCUAACAAUGCACAAUGCAUAAACACUGAAUAAUAAAAGAGAAUAUCAGUCAUGCUGGACGGAAAAAAGCAUUCAAAGUCCUUCCUUUGAGCAAUAAGUGCAAAAAUCAAAAGCGAAUCCACAAAUGUUUCAUUUGAGGUCUCCUUGUAGUUCAGUUUUUUUCAAGAUAGAAGUAGUAAUACAUGACAAGAUUCUGUUGUUACAACCCUUUGGAAUGAUUGUUGGUAAAAAUUUAUCUGCACCUCUCCUAUUCAGGUACGUAUAUGUACCAAUUUUUAUGCGAAUCUUUGUUUUAUUGUUUGACAGAUCGCAGUCACGAUAAAAGUGGAAGUCGUUUGUUUUGGAACUAAUCUCUGAAGAGAUUAGUGGCAAAAUUAAUCAACAUCAGCUCACAUGAAGAUGCAUGUGCUUACUGCGUUUCUUUCAAUUCCAUGUAUUAUGUUUCGAGUUUGAUCCCCCUCAAGAAAUCGGUGAAAUGCGUGCUAAACACAAAUGGACAGAUAAUUUCCAAAAAUGCUUAAGGUAGGUUCAGCGCACCUUAAAACCUGCUAAUCUGCCAAAAUGCAAAAAUUCUCACUUAAUCAAUAGUUUCUUCUAUGCAGAAGAAAGUAAUCGAAUGCUGAUCAUUUUUCGUUUUUAUCAUUUGACUUUUAGAUCGUUAACAUUUUGUCUUUUUGUCACAAACAGAAAUGUUGCUCCUUUAAGUAAAGCCAAUCACUAAGGGUUCCCUGACCUAAAAAGUUUGGGAACCGCUGUUCUAGUCAUUUAAUAAUUACUUGAGUUGUUAAAGAUGCUUUUAAGUUUUUGCCAGAAACCGGUUAUAACCAGUUUCUGCCACUGGCACGGCAAAAAUUACUUUCUGUUGGCAGAAAGCCAUCCCUGCCUAACACCCUUUUCAAUUUCAAUGCCUCAAUUGAAAAACUGUUGAGUGGUUAUUACUGUUAUUCGAAAAAAAAAAAUCUUACAAUCUUAAGUUCCUUUUUACUGAUCAAAUUUAAGAAACUACAAUAUUAAAAGAUGAUGUAUUAAAAACGACUCAUUUUUCAAUUUUUAUUCUGGAAAACACUAUUUUUGGAACAACUUACUACACGUCAGGAAUUAUGACUUUUGUUUCAUUUCACUAUCAAUCAGCAGUACCAUAAUUUAAUAGAAACUCCAUAAUAUUUGAUUUGUUACAAUGUGCUGAAAUAUUCUAUAGUUUAUUUAUUAUUAAUUUUUAUGAUAUUUUAUUGAUUAUUAGUUUUUAUAAUAUUUUAUUUAUUACUUUUGUAGCUGUUCAAUUACAAUAUAAGAGUGCAUAAUAUUUUACUGCAGCCAAAAUUCAAGACAAGAUGGCAAGAUUUCCACCAUUAUUUCUUAGAUAACCCUUCUUGAAAACAUUCUAAGUGACUAAAAACUCCACCCACAAUAGGUUCAAAGUAUUUCAUUGAAGUGGGGAAAUAUACCUUUUUUUUAACUUACGUGUAGAGAGUUACUGAUAUGUACUAUUGAAAAAAAAAAAAAAAAAGAAUAAAUAAUCAUACAAAUGUUCUCCUUUUAUACUAUUUUUCAAAAAUUGAAAUUAUACCUGAUUAGGAUUUAAAACUUUUAUUACAUUUUAGAAUAUGUGCAUAUUUUGUGAGGUAAAUGAAAGCAAUUUUUAAAUAUUUGGAUAGUGUGGAAAAAAUGUGACAUAGAAUGCAAACUUUUGCAACAAAAAUGCACAAAUGAUUUAAAAAGCCGACUAGCAUUGCUACUAUUUCUUUCU